AUGGGCAGGGAAAUGACACAGCAGGGCUCCAAAAUCCAGGACCGUGGCAUUCUGAUCUGUGCUCCUGCCUGGGGAGAUGAAGAGUGGACAGAUAACACCUGUGAGCAAAGCCACUCCAACGGCUGGGAAUUCAUGGAGAGCCAGUCCCUCUGGAGCAACCCCUUGUACUCCAAGUCAAGAUUUUCAAGGCUCCAAGUCCAGUCCUGGAGUCUGUCUGUCCUGGUGCCUGUCCAGCACAUCACACGCUGGGGUGAUGGUCAGAACCUGGUGACAGAGGACGUGACAGUGGUGGAGGGGGACGUGGCCACCAUCAGCUGCCGCGUCAAGAACAGCGAUGACUCGGUGAUCCAGCUCCUGAACCCCAACAGGCAGACCAUCUAUUUCAGAGAUUUCAGGCCACUGAAGGACAGCAGGUUCCAGCUGGUGAACUUCUCCAACAGUGAGCUCCGAGUGUCCCUGACCAACGUGUCCAUCUCUGAUGAAGGGAGGUACUUCUGCCAGCUCUACACUGACCCACCCCAGGAGAUCUACACCACAAUCACAGUGCUCGUCCCACCACGCAAUCUGGUAAUCGAUAUCGAGAAGGAAACGGCUGUGGAGGGAGAGGAGAUCGAGCUGAACUGCACUGCCAUGGCCAGCAGACCAGCCACCACCAUCAGAUGGUUCAAAGGCAACAAGGAGCUCACCGGCAAGUCGGAGGUGGAGAGGUGGUCUGACAUGUACACGGUGACCAGCCAGCUCCUGCUGAAGGUGGGGCGGGAGGACGACGGGGUCCCUGUCAUCUGCCUGGUGGAUCACCCUGCGGUCAAAGACUUGCAGACACAGCGUUACCUGGAAGUCAUGUAUAAGCCUCAAGUGCGGGUUUCUCAGAAUUACCCCUUGCAAGGCCUGACGAGAGAAGGGGAGCCGCUGGAGCUGACGUGCACAGCCUUUGGAAAGCCACAGCCUACGGACAUGAGGUGGUUAAGAGUAGAUGAUGAGAUGCCUCAACACGUUGUAGUGUCUGGUUCAAACCUUCUCAUUAGUAACCUAAACAAAACAGAUAAUGGUACAUACCGCUGUGAGGCUUCCAACGCGGUGGGGAAAUCACAUGCGGAUUACAUGCUGUUUGUAUACGAUCCCCCCACAACUAUCCCUCCUCCCACAACAACCACCACCACUACCACCACCAUCCCUACCACCAUCACAGACACAACGGCGACGACAGAACCAGCAGUUCACGGCUUUACUCAGUUGCCCAAUUCGGCCGAGGAGCUGGACUAUGGGGAUCUCUCAGGUACAUCUGUCCCGCCCACAGCUUCCAGCGAGGUUCUGCCGACUGUGCAAUUAAGUAAUGCAUCCCUUGCCUCCCUCCCAGAUUCCCGCGCGGGUGAGGAAGGGGCCAUACGGAGCGUGGACCAUGCCGUGGUUGGUGGCGUCGUGGCCGUCGUCGUCUUUGCGAUGCUUUGCCUGCUCAUCAUUUUAGGGCGAUAUUUUGCCAGACAUAAAGGUACAUACUUCACUCACGAAGCCAAAGGAGCAGAUGAUGCAGCCGAUGCAGACACAGCCAUCAUCAACGCAGAGGGGGGACAAAACAACUCCGAGGAAAAGAAAGAGUACUUCAUCUAG